GGACAGCUCUCUGAGGCAGUCGGGCAUACGAAAAAGGAGACGCGCACGGCCACAUAUUGCUUGGGAGUAUAAACCGGACCUGCCCAGAAAUAAAGGAUUUAUAAACAGAGAUAUCACCCCUCGUGUUCCGGCUGUGUAAUUGAAUUAAACUCCCGAUACCGAGAGGCACUUUUCCCUGGGACUGGCUGUCCGCAGGGAGAGACAAGGGGAGGGUAUGGUUGUAAUUAGAGUGUGUUUUCCACGCUCUAGUCUGCCUUAAUGAAGAACGGUGACCUGGGAAAACUUUCAUGACAAGGGAAAUCUUUACGGGAAUGACUGCUUUUUCUGCCGGUGGGGGAUAUUCUUGAAGUUUGAGGAUGCCCCUGUCCACCUCUGGUUCUGGAGCUACAGAAUAAGUGUGAAAAAUCUUGUGUGACAGGAAUUAUUUCUGUGCAUGCUCUAAGGAGACGCCUGACCUGUGGGAUUACACUUCUGUCUUUUUAUUUUGCAAACUCUCCCCUUUUUUCUCUUUUUUUCCCACCUCCCUUUUCUGCAAACACAGACACCCACCCAGCCUCUCCGGUUAACCCUGGGAUCGGGGCGGUGGGGAUCCGGAGUGGCGGUUCAGGAAAAUUCGGGGCUGUGUUUACAGGAGCAGGCCCUUGUGAAUUAAGAGGGAGGUUGGGGGAACCAGCAGGAAUUUUGCAGCCGAGAAAACGGAGAGCAAUAAUGUCCUAGUGUUUUUCACUUGAAUUUACUGCUAACUUGGUCGCGACCCGUUUCCAGCGUUUUCAUACGCUGUACUUGAGUGGUAUUAAAGGAGAAGGCGGGGAUUUCACUGCGCGUCAGAAAAAGGGAUAAGUGUUUUUUUUAAGUAUUGCCAGAACAAACUUCUAAUAACAGCAAAAAAAAAAAAAAAGGACGGGAACUUGAAAGCGAGAUUGCAUUUGUGUCCAUGCCUGCGUGUCUGAGGGCAGCCGGGCGGGUAAGCUGAAAAUCAGCCGUAGCUACUUGUUGCUUUGGUUUGACACAUUGUAUUUAAAAAAAAAAACCAACAAAAGAAAAUAUUUUUAAAAGACGGUCUCGCACUUUUCUUAAACACAAACCGAGGCGGAAUAUGAGACGUGGAUGCGCUGUCACUGUUUUCCGUCUCCAGCUUUCAAAAGGGAUCGACUGCCGGGCUGAAGAGGCGAAGACGAGACCGGACCGGGGACCCGACUGCGGGCGCUGCAGCCGGCUUCUGUGCAAAACCCAAAGCGGACUGAUGGACAGGGGCGACACAUAGUUGCAUUUCUUUCAUUUUUUGUUUCCAGGGGAGGUUGUUUUGGGGGUGCUGGUUACUUUAUCCCCUUUGUUUUUGUAGCCGUUGUUGUUGUUGUUGUCGUUGCUGUGGGGGAAAAAACAACUCCCCCCACCACAACAACAAACCAAACAUUGUUUCGUUUCGGUCUUCAGAAAAGAAAACCCCACACGCUAUGAUAAGGACAAUGCUUUCGGUCGUGGAGGGGAGAAAGCGGGCAGGCAGACCUCAGUCCUCGGCAGUGCACGGAGCAAGUGCUUGAAGAGACAGGAAUGCGACUGUUGACGCAAUAUGAGGUAGAAAAAUGACCUGUUCAAGACCCUGGGACUCGGUUCUCAAGUACAAGUACACAGCUUGCGCAGAAGACGUCUUGGUGGUUUUGCCUUUGUUUGUUUUUUCCAUGCCUCAUGUAACAGGGGAAUUAAAAUAGCAGGAAGUAACUUUUUUUUUAUUAUUUUACAUUUUAAUUGGUAGUAUCAUCCUCUCCGACAUGGCCUCGCCGCGGCACCAGCCGCUGCUCCUGCGCCACACGGAGGUGAGCUGCGACGCCGGCGGCGGCGGGGUGGCGGUGAAAGUCAACAGCAGCGGCGGCGGCAAGCCGCCUCCGCCGCACCCGCCGCCGCAGCACCGUGGCCCCGCUAGCGGCAGCGCCGGUGGGGGCGGCGGCUCCAAGCACAUCAAGUACAGCAUCUCCUCCAGCUGCAGCUCGGGGGAGUCGGGGGUCCGCCGGGCGAUGGUGCCGGGGCUGCGGGGCCAGAGGAAGGUGCCGCAGCUGUUCGAGAGGUCGGCCGCUCAGUGGUGGGACCCGGGGUUUGACUCCCCGAUCCUGGAGGACGCCUGCAGGGAGCGGUGCUUCCCCCAGACGCAGCGCCGGUUCCGCUAUGUACUGUCCUACCUGGCCGCGGCGGGCCUCCUGUGGGGGGUUUAUUUCGGGGUCAACCACGACAGGUGUGACCCCUUCGCCUUUCUGCUCCCGACCGCGGGCUUCCUCGCCUUCUGCCUGGCCCUCUUCCUCUUCACCUUCACGCGCCUCUAUGCCCGGCUGUACCCCCAGGUGUCCCUGCUGCUCAUCGUGGUCACGUUCGCGGUGACGCUGGCGCCCCAGGUCCAAACCGCCGCCUUUUCGCAGUCGCAAGGAAGGGAGGAGGAUCCCUCGGGGAACCGCUCCAAUAGCUCGGGUGGCCCGCCCCGCCCUGGGAAGCUCUGCAUCUCGCCCGUGGGCACCUUCUCCUUGUGCAUGGAAGUCCUCUUGCUGCUGUACAGCGUCCUGCACCUGCGGCUGUACGCGUCUGUGCUGCUGGGCCUGGGGUACUCCGUGCUGUUUGAGGCCCUCGGGUGCGUCUACAUCGCCGAGGACCACCCCACGCUCUACUGGCUGGCCCCCGGCAAGGGGCUCCUGCACCUCUGCGCCCACGCCAUUGGCAUCCACCUGUUCAUCAUGUCGGAGGUGCGGUCCCGGAGCACGUUCCUGAAGGUGGGGCAGGCCAUCAUGCACGGCAAGGACCUGGAGGUGGAGAAGGCCCUGAAGGAGCGCAUGAUCCACUCGGUGAUGCCCAGGAGGGUGGCGGACGAGCUGAUGAAGCAGGGCGACGACGAGAGCGAGACCUCGGUCAAGCGCUACUCCACCUCCAGCCCCAAGAGCAAGAAGAAGAAGACCUCCAUCCCCAGGGGGCAGAUCAUCUUCCGCCCCUUCAACAUGAAGCGCAUGGAGCCCGUCAGCAUCCUCUUCGCCGACAUCGUGGGCUUCACCAAGAUGAGCGCCAACAAGUCGGCCCACGCCCUGGUGGGCCUCCUCAACGACCUCUUCGGCCGCUUCGACAGGCUCUGCGAGGUCACCAAGUGCGAGAAGAUCAGCACGCUGGGCGACUGCUACUACUGCGUGGCGGGCUGCCCCGAGCCGCGCGCCGACCACGCCUACUGCUGCAUCGAGAUGGGCCUGGGCAUGAUCGAGGCCAUCGAGCAGUUCUGCCAGGAGAAGAAGGAGAUGGUCAACAUGCGCGUGGGGGUCCACACGGGCACCGUGCUGUGCGGCAUUCUGGGCAUGAAGCGCUUCAAGUUUGACGUGUGGUCCAACGACGUCAACCUGGCCAACCUGAUGGAGCAGCUGGGGGUGGCCGGCAAGGUGCACAUCUCCGAGGUCACCGCCGGCUUCCUGGAUGACCGCUACGAGAGGGAGGAUGGCCGUGUCUUGGAGCGCGUGGGGCAGAACGUGGUGGCUGACCAGCUGAAAGGGCUGAAGACCUACCUGAUCUCGGGCCAGCGGGUGGAGCACUCUCAGUGCAGCUGCUCCCAGCUGGGCCUGACCGGGCCGGACCCCGGGGAUGGGCCGGCGGCGGCUCCCCGGGCGCAGUCCCCCGACGCCACCCCUGCCGCCGGGCCGGACAGCGGGCUCGCCCACUGCCAGGCUGACAGAGCCAAGGUACCCUGCCCAUCAUGCAGUGUGGUGCUGAUCCCCAGCUCUGAGCUCGCUGUGGAAGAUGGCACCGUGCAGAACGGCUGCCAGGAGGAACACAAAAAUAACGCCAAGGUUCCCUCAGGACGGGGCCCCAAAGCGCAGAACGGCCUGCUGAGCCCCCCCGCGGACGACAAGAUGACCAACAGCCAGACGUCUCUGUGCGAGAUGCUGCAGGAGAAGGAGAAGAAGUGGGGGGGGGUCAGCAUGGACCACUCGGCCCUCAUUCCGCUGCGCUCCAAGAACUUCCGCGAGCGGAGCGACGCCCACUUUGUGGACGUCAUUAAGGAGGACAGUUUGAUGAAAGAUUACUUCUUCAAACCUCCCAUCAAUAAGUUGAGCCUGAACUUCCUGGAGAAGCCGCUGGAAUCAGCCUACAGAGCCAGCUACCAGGAGGAGGUUCAGACCAAGGCCCCGGUGCAGACCUUCGCCAGUCCCACCUUCAGCUCCUUCCUGGACGUGCUGCUGUCCUCGGCGGUGUUCGCCGCCCUCGCCGUGGCCUGCUUCCUGCGGCCCUGGGUCACCGGCAGCCCCCCGCCCGCCGCCGCCAUUGCAGUCUGCGUGCUGGCCGUCCUGCUGGAGGGCAUCUCCCUGGUCCUGUCUGUGCGAAUGGCCUUUUACCUGGACAACGUCAUGAGCUGCACCCGACAGCUGCUGCAGGUCAUCUCGGGCUGGAUCCCCCGGCACCUCAUAGGGGCCGUUCUCAUCUCCCUGCCCGCCCUGUCCGUCUUCACCCACAUCACCUGCCAGUUCCACCUGUCCCUCCAGUUCACCAUGUUCAUCUGCUGCGCGGUCAUCAUCACCAUCAUCCAGUACUGCAACUUCUGCCAGCUCAGCUUCUGGAUGAGGUCCUCCUUCGCCACCGCCGUGGGGGCCGUGCUGCUCGCCGUGCUCUACACGCCCCUCUGCGCUCGGGGGGGUAGCCCUUCCGACAGUUUGUCCGCGCCAGCUGUUGCGCUCCAAGACGUUAGCCUGGCCUUCUUCCUGCUGCUGCUGCUGGUGUGGUUUCUCAACCGGGAGUUCGAAGUGAGUUACCGGCUGCAUUACCACGGUAACGUGGAGGCCGACCAGCACCGCAUCAAGAUCCAGAACAUGCGGGAUCAGGCCGACUGGCUCCUGCGCAACAUCAUCCCCAUCCACGUGGCCGAGCAGCUGAAGGUCACGCAGAGCUACUCCAAGAACCACGACAACGUGGGCGUCAUCUUCGCCAGCAUCGUCAACUUCAGCGAGUUCUACGAGGAGAACUACGAGGGCGGCAAGGAGUGCUACCGCGUGCUCAACGAGCUGAUCGGCGACUUCGACGAGCUGCUGCGCAAGCCGGCGUUCGGCAACAUCGAGAAGAUCAAGACCAUCGGCGCCACGUACAUGGCGGCCUCCGGCCUCAACACCUCGCAGUGCCAGGACAGCGCCCACCCGCACGGCCACCUGCGCACCCUCUUCGACUUCGCCAUGGAGAUGAUGCGCGUGGUCGACGACUUCAACAAGGACAUGCUGUGGUUCAACUUCAAGCUGCGCAUCGGUUUCAAUCACGGCCCCUUGACCGCUGGGGUCAUUGGCACCACCAAGCUGCUGUACGACAUCUGGGGCGACACGGUCAACAUCGCCAGCCGCAUGGACACCACGGGCGUGGAGUGCCGCGUGCAGGUGAGCGAGGAGAGCUACCGCGUGCUCAAGGAGAUGGGCUACGAGUUUGACUACCGCGGCACCGUCAACGUCAAGGGCAAGGGGCAGAUGAAGACUUUUCUCUUCCCGAAGAGCGUGGACAGCGGGAUGGUCCCCCAGCACCAGCUCUCCGUCUCGCCCGACAUCCGCGUGCAGGUGGACGGCAGCAUCGGCCGCUCGCCCACCGACGAGAUCGCCGGCGUGGUUCCCUCGGCGAGCCCGCAGGGGCAGGAGCGCGGGCUGCAGGGGGCGGGGGAGAAACCCGACUCCCAGAACUCAUCGGGAGGACCCCCCAGGUCUUCGGCCCCCGCCGGACCCGGCAGCCCUGGCGAAGAUCAGAGGCCUCCGCCGGCGCGGGCAGCAUCCGUCCCGUCUGCCCCCGCCCCCCGGCCAGGGCCGCCGGAGGAGGAAGAGCCGGAAGUGAAUGAGCUGACGAAAUUGAAAGUGGCAGAGAGCCUAUGAUGCAGCUCUUGUGGAUCCGAGCGAAGCCUCGGAGAAGCUCCCGAGAGGUUUUACUGCCGUCCUCUCCCGAGACCGCAUGGAAGCGAUGGACGCUAUCAUAAUCAGUGUGGGCUUUGUAUCUUUUACCUUUUUUUUUUUCGGCUUACAUUUUCACGAAAGGGGGAGGAUAGGGACGCUGUGUGGAUCGCAGUCAGUGAGGAAAGUUUGGAUGGGGAGGGGAGGUGGGCCGGCGAGGGCUUCAGUUUGCCCAGCCGGCCCUAGCCCUUCACCUUAUUGUCUCUUUGAAUUGUAAUGCCACUUUGUUUUGUUUUCCUUCAUUUUUUUUUGGGUUUGUUUCUUUUGAUGAAGUGCCUUCAGGAAAAAAAAAAUACAGAACAACUUUUCAGAAAACGGAGGUAGGAAAAAAAGCAUUGAAAUGAAGGCCGGGUUGGGGGGGGGGGGGGGGGGGGUGAAGGGGGGAAAAAACUCCCAGCACGGCUUUUACAUCGUAGACAACAGAGGAGGCUGGGGUUAUUCUUUUGUCGCGAAGACCACGUUUGGCGUAUGCGGUUGUAUUUAAUUUAGCAUAUUGUUUUGAGCCCCGUCGAGAGGCGUCUGUGAGACGACAGCCAAUGUACAGAAAAGUGCGGACUGCAGUGGAUCGGUGCCGGCAGGGCGUCGGGGGGGAGAGGAGCCAAUUCUGGGAUGAGCAGCCGGGGGUGGGGGGUUUCUCUGCGUUGAAGCGCUGUGUUCUAUAUCCGCAGUGUGGGCCCAGUCAGGCCUGGAACUUCGUUUCCUGCUCAUACUGCCCUCAGAAUUCACAUCUUUCCCGUUUGUCAAAGCAUUUAUAAAAAGCCAAAAACGGUUUCUCUGCGGGUACGGCCGUUUCACGCAUGUCCUUGGUCACGUCUCGUUUGUUCUGUAAAGCAGAAGUUUGCUCACAGCCAGGUAUGUUGACAUACCAUCUUCUGCGCUGAAGCUCCCCAUGCCAAAACGAGAAAUCAGUGCGCCUUGGGUAACCGUGGAGUGACUCAUCGUUGCGAUUCUUAAUUACAAGGUGUGCGGCUAAUGACCGGAUGAUGUGAGUGUUGCAAUGAGACUCCUGGUCAAACCAGUUCCCAUCCGCAGGUUUGCAGGGUCACGGGGAGCUGCAGAUAGUUUGUGGACACAGGCGUUCGCCGGUAUUGUAGGUGUACAGUGGCGCUUCAACCUGUCCUCACAGUGCUGCUCUCUGACAUCUGUGGUGUCGCCGUGGCGCAGCUCUUGUCCCGUUAAAGGUGGAGCCAAUCUGUAGACUAUUUGGAUAUUUGUUGGCUGUAUCAUGUGUUUUAUCACAAGAAAAGAAUCUGCUCCAAGCAGCUGAGUUAAUCCCAUAGUCAGCAGCUUUUCUGUUUGUUUUUGUUGUUUUUUUUUUGUCCUCUGGAGGCUGUUUCUAAAGCAAGCGAAAAGCUCAGCUCUGCAUCAGAAAGGACAUGAAUGGCACAGCAUUAAUUACACCAGGAACAGUCAUAUAAGAUGUGCAAAGGUUCUUAGGUCUUUGAGAACGCACUAACUUUACGCCCUAACUGGUCAUCCAACAUUAUGGCAAUCUUUCAGUGUGUCAUGUUGUGAAAAGCCAAUCCUAAUUCACUUUCGUACAGUAGUACUCUGCUGGUAGGCGGAGCGGUGUGGAAGAGGCAUGCAUGUGCUGUUCUUGGUUCUGCCUGCUGGAUGCUGUCUGAGUGCAUUGGCACUGGAGACAGUCUCCUGGCCUUAACAUGAUACCGAAGGGAUAGCAGCUGCUGGGAGGACGUCUGCAGUUUCAGUGGACGUCCAGGUUUUCAGGUUAACGAGGAGGGGUGUCUUGAAGUCGAAUGUCUUGUUUUCUGGUCAGCAAGUUGAGUUUACAGAAGAGAUUGUGUCAAGGGAGGGUAAGAUGCUCUGUAGCUCUCGCUGACGGCGAAGGUCCCUAGAGAUCUGUCCUGGGAGGUUUUAUCAGCAUCGGUGUAACUAGAGGGAGUGCUGGGAGGAAACGGCUGUCACUACCGACAUCUAGUCAGGAAGACGGCACCGAGAAGCUUUUUUCCCCAAGUGCAGCUCCUGUCAAAUGGUUAUCAAGCUGCACUGGGAAUCCGAAAGUCAGUACCCUUUUCCCAUUUUAGUAAGAGGUUUCCCGACUUGGUAUAAGGUACAGGUGGGAAAGAAGCAGCCCAGGUGGGAUGUAGCUGGUAUUAUCAAUACAUUAAACCGUUUGUAAAAGCGAAGAUGCAUAUUACAUAAAAGCAAUACAGAGCUGGGACAACACAAAGGCAGUGUGGCUAAUAGAGGCCGAAAGGCUCAGGAUAUAGUUUGAUUUAAGACAUUUAAACUGUGUUCCAGUUGCAGGUUGAGAUCUGGCAGCAAGUGAAUCGAUAUCGCGUGAGGUCACAUGUGAACAUCAAGUGUUCCAGCUGCUGUCCAGCCCCUUAACAAAGCAAUACUUAACUGUUCAGAAUAUAAAGGAUCUUUGCUGGAGCUUGUGGCUGGAUUCCUUCUAAAAACGCAAUUUUCUAGUCAGAUGAAAGAGGUUUCUAUUGUGUUCAUUUACAUAAGUGCCACUUUAGUCACUGGGUGCAGUGCUACCCACUGCAGGUUUUAGUAUCUUACUGUUGUUGUGAUUGUUUUAAAUACUUCCUUGUGUCUCCGGACUGCACCAGCGUGCGGGUUACUUCAUCUGUAUGAAGUCAAACAGACGACAGCCAAGAUCUUUUACAGGAGUGAUUUGUAAAAGGGGGUUGCGUGCCACAUUUCACAUCCAGUCCAAUUUUGCUCUGCAUUUGAUUUAGGAUUUUUACCAUUGCGUACUUUAAGUAUUGACUUAUUGUCAUACUCUCUUUCAGGAGUGCUUCUGAACUUAUUUUGUUGAAAGUUUGUCGGAUGCUAUUUUUUUCUUCUGCUUUUCCCAUUCUCGUGACCUCAAGGCUGGUUCUCUGGCUGACAGUUCGAACCCAUGUAGCGAUAGAGCUUUAAAGAUCUGUUUGGCCGCGCUCCCUGGAAUGUUUUCAAAUCAAAGCUUCUUACUAGAGAGUGCGAUGAGUCUUACAGCCUGGGGUUUGCAGGUUCCAAUCCACGGUGUACGGUCUCCAUUCCGUCUGCAGUGGCAGUACGUAAUUAGCAAAAUCCCGCAAGCACCAGCUGAAAGUGGGGUCUUUCAGGCAACCACUGUUUUUGAAAACACCACCCCUUUCAAAGUGUGGGUGUGAAGGUUCGAUGAGUAGACCUCAGCGUGUAGUGUUAAGUGAAUGGGAACAACAGUUAUUUCAGGUACUAGAGAUCUCUCGGCAUUUAACUGAAAAAAAGGCCACUUUUUACAUCAAAACAGUGGAAAAGGUAGAUGUGAUGGCAUUUCUAUGUGAAAACCUCAUCUAAGCUGCUUGUCAAUGCAUGUUUGCACUGCCCCAUGGUUUAUUAGAUACAGCAUAUGCAUUGGCAUGUCUUCCUUUCACCAAGGCAGCAAUGCAACUGGGUCGAAUGUGUGUCUCGCCUCAUGACUGCACUGAAGAGAGGCCGAGAAACAUCAUGUGAAUAUUGAUCAGAUUGAUUUCGUAGUCGUACACAUGCUUCCCGGCUAACACGGCUUUCCUAUUGGAAGGACAGUACAGUGGGCAGCUAGUACAGCUUGGGAAAUGUCGUCACCAGUGUCCGUGGCACAUUUUAAAAGAUGGCUGUCUUCAGCAGUGCCAAGAUAUAAGUGAGUCUAGGGAUUACGGUGCAGUAACAAUUGAUGGCUAUUACCGUCUCCCCAAGGACUGUUCAUGAACACAUUUAACACCAGGUGAUUUUGCUUUACUGCUCCCCUUUGCACUGUUGACGAUACCUUCUGCCUCAUGCUGCAUGCGCUACGUCAUGGUUUUAACUAGACAGUCCUAGCCACCUCCUAAUUCACUGCAUGAGUAAUAAUGGAAGAGCAUUCUCAAUGGGAGUUGAAUAAAGUGGGUGACAACGGCCACUUGCUCCUCC